GAUGACUGGAGGAGUUAGGACUGCAUAGGCUGCAGUGUUGGGAGAGAAAGAGUGUGCGCUCGUGCGUGAGUACAUGUGGGUGUGCAUGUGUCUGGGCGGACUCCCGCUGUAAUGGUGCCCCAUGAGUGACUGUGCUGACCGCGACAGCCAUCCUGUCCACGGCGGGGACUUUCUCAGCAUGCAGAUGGUGUGAGCAGUCAGAGGGAAAGUUUAUAACAGCUCGUCUGUGCCUCGGCUAACUCAGUCCACUCUGUGCACACUGAGUGAGUUCUGGAGGGAAGCAGCAGCUGCAGCUGAGCUGGACUACAACUUCAGCUCAUCUCAGCCCAGGAUUUCUGCUGAUGUUGAUUGAUCACCUGUCACUGGAUUGGAUACAAUAGUUGUGCAUCACCACACGUCAGAGCUGAGGGAGCUGUUUAUUUGGAAGGUUGCUUGCUGUGAUGGAUGACCAGUGUGUGUCCCACAGCAGUCCCCAGCGCAGUGGCGGUCAGGCCAGCAUGGAGAUCCCAAGGCAGGGACAGCCCAGUGUCAUCAGGUGUGGGUGGCUCAGGAAGCAAGGAGGUUUUGUCAAGACUUGGCACAGUCGCUGGUUUGUUCUGCGAGGGGACCAGCUCUACUAUUACAAAGACGAGGAGGAGACCAAGGCCCUGGGAACCAUUUUCUUACCCGGAAACAAAGUUUCAGAGCAUCCAACCAGCGGCGACGAUGGGGGGAAAUUUCUUUUCGAGGUCAUUCCAGGGGGAGACAGAGAGCGGAUGACAGCCAACCAUGAGACCUACCUUCUUAUGGCCAGCACCCAGAAUGACAUGGAGGAUUGGGUGAAGACGAUCCGCCGGGUCAUCUGGGCCCCUUUUGGUGGAGGGAUCUUUGGUCAGAAGCUGGAGGAAACGGUGCGUUAUGAACGCCGGUUUGGGAACAAGCUCGCUCCUAUGCUGGUCGAGCAGUGUGUGGAUUUCAUCCGGCAAUGGGGCCUUCGGGAGGAGGGUCUAUUCAGGCUGCCAGGACAGGCCAACCUGGUCAAAGAGCUGCAGGAUGCCUUCGACUGCGGAGAAAAACCCUCUUUUGACUGUAACACGGAUGUGCACACAGUAGCCUCUCUGCUGAAGCUGUAUCUCAGAGAGCUGCCGGAGCCCGUCAUCCCCUUCCACAAGUACGACGAGUUCCUGGCCUGCGCCAAGCUUCUCGGCAAAGAUGAUGAAAUGGGUUUGAAGGAGCUGCGACGGCUUGUUGAAUGUCUACCUCCAGUGAACUACAACCUUCUCAAGUACAUUUGCAGGUUUCUAGAUGAAGUCCAGUCAUAUUCAGGAGUGAAUAAAAUGAGCGUCCAGAAUUUGGCCACAGUCUUCGGGCCAAAUAUCUUGAGGCCGAAGGUUGAGGAUCCAGUAGCUAUUAUGGAAGGUACCGUUCUGGUCCAGCAGCUCAUGGCUGUUCUGAUUGGCCGCCACGACGUAUUAUUCCCUCGGGAUGAGGACAGCCCCACGGCGCUCGAGCUUGUCAACAACAACAACAUCGAACCGCAACGGCGCCAAGCCACCACAACUACCUCGGCCAUCACUAUGGUGUCUCAGAACACCGAGAACAACAACACCCAGGUGGUGCGGCAGUGUGUUUGGGAAGCACCUGAAUCUCCUUCGCACCGCCAUGUUGACAACAGCGGCUCCCCGCGAUCAGCGAGCCCUCGUAAUGGCGUCAUCGGCCGUUUUGACCUCACCCGCAGCCCACCUCUGACUGUUAAAAAGAACCCGGCUUUCAAUAAAGGCAGUGGGAUAGUCACAAAUGGCUCCUUCAGCUCCUCGCCCUCUUCCGACCCCAGUCAGGAAAGGAGCCAGACUUUAACCGGUGGUGGGAGUUUACCGGUCCGGCGCAGUGGGACACACAAAGGCUCCGGCACAAAAAUGGGCACCAGUGGCGUGACGAGCGGAAGCAGCGCCGGAGGGAACGGGACUGGUGUUGCACGCUUGGGCAUUUCCAGCACCGAUGGCACGGGAAGUCUGAACGGCCGCAACGGUCUUUGGGUACCAAACGGCUGCGUCACGUUACGGGAGAACAACAAAACACGUGACUGCUCCAACGGGGAUCAAAUAACCAAUCAGAACCGUCUGUCUACGUACGACAACGUCCAGUUAAACCAUCAGAACCUGCAGCAGCAGAACCAGAUCACCAACACAUGUCUGAACAGCAGCUGUGAGGACAAGCAGAGCGUCGACAGCGCCACCUGGUCCACCUCCUCCUGUGAGAUCUCCCUUCCUGACAACUCCACUUCCUGUCGCUCCUCCACCACCACCUGCCCUGAGCAGGACUUCUACGGAGUUCACUACGAGGACCUGGACGGACCAACGCAGGAAAAUGAGCCUCCCCAAUCUGGUGGAGGAGGGGAGGGGGAGGGCAGAAAUAGCAACAGAGAAGGGAGUGGAGAUGGAGCAGGGAGGAGCAGCCGGGGCACCAGCAGCAGCGACAAUAGUGACGGUUACGCUGUUGGUAACGGACCCAGCAGCCACAGUGCUCUGCACAGUUUAGUGGCCAGUCUGAAACAAGAGAUGCACAAGCAGAAGACCGAGUACGAGGCCAGGAUAAAGAGCCUGGAGCAGCGAAACCUGGAGCUGGAGACCGAAAUGGUGAGCCUCCAUGAGGAGCUAGACCAGGAGAGGAAGAAGUACACCAUGGCGGAGAUCAAGCUACGCAACGCUGAGCGCGCUAAGGACGACGCUGAGCGUCGAAAUCAGAUGCUGCAGAAAGAGAUGGAACAGUUCUUCUCCACGUUUAGUGACCUCACUGCAACCGGCACCACCGCAGCCACGGACCCCCGCCGACCAGAUCGUAACAACACCAUCUGGAUACAGUGAAGGAGGGCCGGGAACGCGGUCUGGAAGACUGGAAAUGGUUUAUUAUUUGAUGUGAACAUUUCGAGGGCUCCAAACAGGAUUUGGCUGCUGGUUGUUGAGGGCAAGUUGGGAAGUUACACUGCGAAGGUUAUUUAAGAUUUAAGAGAUAAGAGGAGAAGGGCUAAUGCUAGCCGCCUGUAUAAAUGCAGACAUCACCUGGAGUGAUGCCAGACUGACAUUAUCUGUAAAUACAGCGUUAUUUAAACAGCUCACAGACACUCCAACCUACUCAGAAACUGUGGUGGUGAUCACUCACCUGACUGGCAAGUGGAGUAAAGGCACAGUUCACCAUAGUCCGUUAUUGUUAUUAGACUUUAGCUCCUCGAGCCAUGUAGGAGAGAAAUGUUUAAAAAGGUUGUAUUCAGUUAAAAAACAAAACAAAAAAACAACCUCGGACACAUUAAGAUGCUUCACUUUUAAAAUCUAACCAAAAACAUCUUAUUGUUCUACGUACUUCUGUAUCUGCUCGUGUACAUAGAGGGAAACCGUGCAGCAAGAACACAGUGUCAUAUGUAUGUAAAAAUAAAUGAAAGUAAUACUUAAAUGUUUAUCGGAUAUUUAAGCAAAGUUAUCAGUGUGUGAUAUUUUCUAUUUCCCUGCACUUACAUGUUUGUUUAGUCUCUGCGAGGUGGUACUGAAUGUUCUGUCGGUCUUUGUGUGUUAAAUUGGGAAAAUAUACUGUAUAUGUGCCGAUGCUUCUGUGCUGUUUUAUUUACCCCAUGACCAAAAAAAGAGCCUGUACUGUAAAUAUUUUAUAGAUAAUCAUAGACACUACUUGUUAGUCUGCACUGUGGUUUGAUGCAUAUUCAGAUGGAUAUGGCACGUUUUCAGUUGAUGCUGAUUGAAGAAUGUUUUGUAGCUCAGAAAAAUAAUUUGAAGACUUGCACGAUGGGUCGUUGGCGUACAUCCCAGAUCAAAUAAAAACGUCUGUCGUGAAUUCAGAGUUUCAGGUGACAGACUGUGCUCUUCCCGUAAACGGGCGUGUAGCCGUUGUCACUCUAUAAAUGCUCCUGGGAACUGCAGGUUGCAGGCGCGUCUGAGAUACUCUCCUGUACUGUUUCGACGAUUUAUCCACCUGACACAGCUGGUUUUGACACAGCACAGCGACAAUGCGGAGUUGUGUUUGUGGGUCAUAACUGUGAAAAAAGGGGAUUACAGCAUCAAGUGUGUCAACAUGGAGGACAUUAGCCUGGGUGCUAGAUUCAGUAGCAAUGGUUUGUGUGCAUGAUGGUGCAUGAGUCCACUAGGGCCAGUGUACAAUAAGUGAAUGUCUGUAAAGUGACUGCAUACUGAUGAGGUGUAUUUAUGUAGCUGUAAACCAAACGUCUGCACCCGGUGUGGAUUUUCUAAUGGGUACAAAACAGGACACAUUAGAGUCCAGGCCUGAGCUUUUCUUAAGAAGUAUGUGUGCACAGGCCUGCUGCUGCCUCCUCUGAAGACCAGGUCCCAUUUAAACCUGCUGCUGGUCAGUGCAGGACAUCUGGAAUGUGCACAUGGAGUUAUAAAAAGUGCCUGAACAACUGAAGCAGGGAGGGGGGAGCCCAGGCUUCUCAUUUUGCACCCUUCACCGGGAAGUAAUAGGCUUAAGCCAAGCUGACAGCGGCACCUCGUUCUGCAAAUUCCACACAAAGGAGCAGAUUACGGACGCAGGGCGAGACAGAGAGAAGGCCUGUGACAGUGGAAUAUUUUCAUGACAUGAUACUUGAUACA